CAACUUUAAAACACUAUAUAUUUUGGUAAUUCAUGUAUUAUUAUUAUUGUCCAACUCUGUUGCUUCAUCAAAAGGCGAAAAUGACUGUGGGCUCUUUUUGGUUAUGUCAGUAGAUUCAAAGCUCUGAUCAUGUCUUACCAAGCUGGAAAAUUUUCAGACACAGGCUUUGGGAUUUCCUUUCAUAUGAGGUCAUGUUCGAAAAGAAAAUCUCACCCAGAGAUUUUCAUUACCUGACAAUGAACUUUUUGGCUUUUGCAGUUCAUGGUUCCAUUGACUCAGGUGUGUUAGGAAUACCCACGUUGAUGAAAUUAUAUCUCUUAAAGCAGAUGGUACCAUCAUUGAAAAAUCUCAGAGCCUCUUCUAACCAUGAGCAGUCUCAUGAGACUGGAGGAGUUUCUGUGGCUCUGGGAGGGAGCAGAUUGUUGGGGUGAGAGCAUGACUUUAUUAUUUUCUUUAUCACAGUAAACUGUGAUGAAGUAACUUCUCAUACUUUUCUUGGGCUCGAGAGGAGAACAGCAAUGGUCUUGUUGCCCCUGGAAUCUCAGUCUGGAUUUGAUAUCGGGCUUGGUCUACAGAAGACAUGCCUCGAAUUGGAACGCUACUUGCAGACAGAGCCCAGGAGGAUUUCAGAAACUUUUGGUGAGGAUUUGGACUGCUUCCUUCAUGCCACUCCCCACCCGAGCAUUGAGGAAAGCUUCCGGCGCUUGGAUCCCCUCUUGCUCCCCAUGGAAGCGUCCACGUGUGAGAAAAGCUCUGCAGUGGACAUCCUGCUCUCCCGGGACAAGCUGCUAUCUGAGACCUGCCUCAGCCUGCAGCCUCCGAGUUCCUCCUUAGACAGCUACACAGCAGUCAACCAGGCCCAGCUCAAUGCAGUGACUUCAUUAACGCCUCCUUCCUCCCCUGAGCUCAGCCGCCAUUUGGUCAAAACUUCACAGACUCUCUCAGCUGUAGAUGGCACGGUGACUUUGAAACUGGUGGCCAAGAAGGCCUCGCUUAGCUCAGUAAAGAUGGGAGGGGUAGCGGCCGCAGCCGCAGUGGCAUCUGCUGGGGCCGUAAAGAGUGGACAAAGUGACAGUGAACAAGGAGGAAUGGGGGCUGACGCCUCCCCAGAAAACAAGAAGAGGGUUCACCGUUGUCAGUUUAACGGGUGCCGGAAGGUUUAUACAAAAAGCUCCCACUUAAAGGCCCACCAGAGGACUCACACAGGUAGUGAGAAGCCUUAUAAGUGUUCAUGGGAAGGGUGUGAGUGGCGUUUUGCACGAAGUGACGAGCUUACAAGGCACUACAGGAAACACACGGGUGCAAAGCCCUUUAAAUGCAACCACUGCGACAGGUGUUUUUCCAGGUCUGAUCACCUUGCCCUCCAUAUGAAGAGACAUAUAUAAAUAACCUAAUAACCAGAGGAGCUUCAUGGCACCGGCUAAUGUCUAAAGGAAGAAUCUUUAGACAGGGGGCUGGAAUUUGGUCGGAACUUGCUGCCUUGUGGAAGAGAGAGAGAGAGUUCUCACAUAUAAACCUCUGUGUACACACACACACACACACACACACACACACACACACACAUACACACACACACACUCUGUCAUGCACUCAACUGUACUCAAGAUAUCUACGUCUUUAUGCCUUGCUCUAGCCAGAUGGUAGAAGAUGAUGAAGAAACCGGGUGAACUCUCAGCAAGGCAGAAAGGCUGCCUACUUCAGCGCUAUCACAAUUGCAUCCUGCUGUUGGCAAUGGAAUUCAAAGAAAAUGGAUGUGACUUCUCUGCAGGUGGACAGCAGCAGUAAGAGGGGCUUAUUUAACUUGCUUCUCAAUGCAACUUGAUAGGAGAAUACAUCAUCUUAAAGUUGCAUACUUGUAGCACUAACUUGUCUUCUUUUUAAAUGGUUGGGGGAAAAAAAAAUGACCUAGAAAACCAAAUCCCAGUUUGGUAGCCAAAAUUAACCUCUCGGUUCAUUUGUCCUUUGUGUCAGAAAAAAAAAAAAAUCCCAAUAUUCAAAACAUCAGACUUCCUCACAGACUUUUUGAUCUGUUUUGGUUCUUCAUAGGACUGAGCUAUUGAGAUCUUUUCAAGUCCGUACCAAUGGCCUUAACGGCAGUAGACUGUGGAAUGACACCUUACACUUUCUGGCCUGCGUUCGUGUAGACUUCGUGAAGGAGGAAUUUUGUUUUCUUACUUUUUGCACACCAUAUGCACUAGGGAUUCUGGAAACUUCUAGCAUGACUACAAAGUGGCCAAGAGAAUAAAACCCUUGAAAAAAAAAUCACAGUGUAUACCUUUGGCCUCACCUUAUUGCCAUAGCUAGAUUUUUUCUUUUUAAUCUCUCUGAUUUUGCUAAUGAAAACUUGAAAAGCUUAUUUGGAAGCUUAAAUGUUUUAUCUUUUCUCCAUGGACUAAAACCUCUAGGACUAUCUCGUCACCUGGAUCCCCGAAUCCCGGAGUGGCCAAUCAGAUGCGACAUCACACUUCUUAUAUCCUCCUUGGGGGCGUUGCUGGCCUCAGCCCAUGGUGAUCAACCAAUUGUGUUGUGUGUUAUUAUUGCAACCCUACUAACCAGUUACAGCAUAGAUGUCUCUACCCUCAGUGGGCAUCUGUGUCUUUAACCUAACUUUGGGUUAUGACCUGAUUAAAAAAAAAAAAAAAAAAAAGCCAAAAAUAUCCCUCCGUCCAGGAGUGGAGGGAAAAAUGAGGAUGCCUCCCAAGUCCAGAGUCUUCACACAGCAUCAGUCAAUCCUUCUUUCUCAUUUCCACUGAGCUCACAUUAUUCUGCUUGCUUAAAAGGGGAAAAAAAAUACACUUUAAGAGUCCAUUGUGGGAAUGAAGGGCUGGCAUUUAUGCAAAGUGUUGGGGUUUUUCUGUCUAAGGGAGAGAAGUAUUGUUCAUUUAAGGCAGCGGGCCCAUCAUGACCUGGGACUUAGAGCAUCCAGGACUAGCAGAGGCCCUCCAGUUAUUCUCCAAGCUAAAUCCUGCCCAUUGCUAAAUUUGACCUUUGGAGCUCAAAGGAGAUUUAGAUUCCUCACUUUUUCAUCACACACGUACAAAUUGAUAUCGAUAUACCUGUAUCUCUAGCUAGUUGGCACUGGCCUCAACUCCAAAGACUGCCUUUAGGGCCAUUAAAUGGCCUAUGCAAGCAGGUGGGGUGGUCACUAGGACAGGUUGUAUAUUUUGUAUAUUCUUGGACCAUCCCUUCAAGACACAUCUAGAAAACAAAAAUGUCAUUUGGUCCACCAAUGGUUGCUGUUCCUUCAUACCAGCCGGCUACCCUCCUGCCCUCCUUUUGACUGUUUUGACUCAUUGACUGUUAAAAUGUCACCCCAGACAUAUUUGGGAUGCAAAACUGAACUCUCUUUAAAAUAAUAAUUAAUAAUAAUAAUAAUAAUUAAACAUAAACACCAUGAGUAGUCAUCAAGAUCUUUGGCACCUGAUUUUCCUCAGCUUUCUGUAACUUUUGAUUUCAUUGAGAUGUUGAAAUUCCUCCACUGUGAGUAAAUGAGCCUCUUUAGCCAAAUGCUGUGGGCUUGCCAUUUGGACGUUUGGGGGGUAGGGGGAGGGAUUUUGAGGUCUGGCCCAUAGAAUUUCUUUUAAGAUGUGGACCAAAACAAGUAAAAACUCUACGAUAGAAAAAAAAAAAAAAAAAAACAACCAACACACACACACAGAAAUUCUACCCAUCUGCUGGAGGCAAUGAUAUAAACAUUAGUCGGAGGGUAUUUUUUAAGAAAAAAAAUUAAUUUUAUUCCAAAGAUGUAAAACUUAACACGUUAGAAACAAUUCCUGGAGCACUGCUUGCUGACAAUCUUGUAGUUCUCUACUUCUACAUUUGAAUACUUUUUUGGCCAUUCCAUCCGGAGUUCCAUGGGAUUGCAUUUGAAUGUGUGGAGUAUCCUUUCCGGGUGAUAGCUGGGAGUGUGAGUGUACUUGAACCUCAGCUGUAUUCCUCUGCAGCGCAUCCAGCCAGUGCGUUACAUGAAAAUGUAGACACCCUAGAAUCUCAUUUCUGUUUGCGGCCUUCAGCAUGAGUGCAUGGACACCUCACAUCACUCGCGGUAAUAGGCCUUGCUUGGGCUGCCAACAUCAUAAGGGUCCUCUCCUGAGCAAUAGCUGCUCUUGCCUCUCGAAAUGCUACUAUUAUUAAGGGUCUACAAGGCAACUUAAAUUUUAAACUGACAAUUCAAUGCAAGGCUCUUAAAAAAAAAUAACACCCAUAACAUUUUUUUUUUUUUAUAAAGAGUAAUCAUUAAUUAUUUACUUCCUUUUAUCAUUUGUGGUCUUGUCAGGUUCUCAUUUAAAUGUGGCAGAACAAGGGCCCUUUGGUACUCAUAGAAUGUCUGAAAUGUUUUGGUAAUUCUUCUAUCUUUCCUUGUACCAGUGAGACUCUUAAUUAAUUUGUUCUUGACCUCUCCCAGAGCUGGACUCAUUGAUAUUUGGUGGUGGCACUCUCUUACUCCUGAUUCAUUUGUUGGAACAUUAGAAUUGCUGAAGAACUUGAUAGUUGCGAUGUAAUGUUAUUUUAAAGCUAUAUUUCUUUAAGCUGAAGUCUCAGCUGUGAAUUUCAACCAGCCCCAAUUGGCACCGGGAACUAAAUGCUAUUGUUUGGGAGAAACAACUUGAGACAAAAUAUCUGCUGAAAAGGCCUUUUUUACCAGCUGGUAAGAAGGUACAAGGAUGAUUUUUAAGGGCCUACUUAAGGAACCAAUCUCAGUGGGUACAUAUAUACAUAUAUGUAGAUCUGGGGCAUAUAUAUGCCUAUGUAUAUGUGUGUAUAUAUGUGUAUACACACAUAUUUAAAUGAGAGAGAAGGAAAUUAAAUAAGAUUGGGUAUUCAGAGCAGUAUUUUCUGAGUUGUUCCUAUUGGAACAACAAUUUCUUCUCAUUCUUCACUUAAAUUAGUAUCUUCUAACAUGUUGGGAAAUCCCAACCAUGUAAGGAGAGUGCCAGCAUGUUAUUUCAUGUAAGAGACCUUUCAAACGCACUUUGCUCUUGGCCCACAAUUAACUUUGCAGAAUGGAAAAUAUUGCUGAUUCUUUUUCUCUUCUACUUAGGUGUCUUUUCCCCCUGCCACCUGAAUAUAAGUCAAAGACAAGGUACCCCUAAAUCAUAAUGCAGCUCAUGGCUACCAGCCUCUCAGUCAUUGUGUACAAAUCCCACAGAACCUCCUGUCCUUUGAAUGACUAAUUGGCACGGCCCAUUGGCCGGCUAGUGAAGGGUAUUAUGUCCACAAAAAUAGAUGUCUGAACUCCAUGUCAAAGUAGCAUCUUACAAAAUAUUCCCAGGCUCAGAAUGGAUCUCAUAAACCAAUUAUUUCCCCCCCCCCCCUUUUUUAUGUCCCUGUGUGCUUUCCCCAGCAAAGAUCAUAGCAAAUCUUCCUGAUUUCGGCACUCCAUCCUGAUUCUACUGGAGACUGCCCCCUUACUUUCACCCUCAUCUUUCACUCCCUCUCUGCCAUCUUUUCCUGCCUUUUUUUGGAUGGCUUGAUUCUGAGGAGAUACAAGGAAACUCAUAUGCAUGUUUAAUUGCACUGAUUUCUCUUUUAAAAAUUCUCUACAAGCCUAAAAGGCAAAUGAGAUUUUAAAAGAAGGAUUUCACUUUGGCUCAACUUCCAGGAAAGCCAUGUGGAGUUUUUGCACUGAAGGGGGGAAAUAAAUUGGACCUUCAGAUGUGUAUAUUCAAUAUAAUAAGGACAUCAAUAUUGCUAUGCCAUUGCAAAAGCUAAGCUAAACGGAAGGAUAUUAAUUCCUUGCCAUUAACAAGACAUUUAAACAAGAGAACUACCUUUAAUGGCUCAAAUAUAUUUUUGAAAAAUUUUCCCCUCUGUGAAAGUCAUUCCUUAAAAAUUCAUGAUAUGGGUAAUAUUUACUAUUUCCAUUUCCCACUAUUUGCCCUUUGGGAGGAAGGAGAAGAAGGAAGGAAAAAUGUAUAGGAAUACAAACUAUUUAA